UAGAUUUAUGCCCUUUCGUCAUACUACUCUAGGAAUAACAUCAUCGUCGACGAUCGAAAUUUUGGAAAAAAAAUCAAUCGUAAAGUGCAUCACCAGCAGCGAACGACCAAGGAUUAUAAUAGUUUUUUCGCAAGUCCACGUCGCGAGUGAAGGAAAUCAAUAAUUGGUUGCAAGCAACGUGAAGAUAAGUUAACUCCGACGAUGGAUGGUACCGAAAUGGAAAACUGCGGAGUUUAUUAAUAUUUCAAGUGUUGGAAAGUGUUUGUAUGUGCUCAUCCUGUUGGCUAGAUAGUUACGUGUUUAGUUCGGUGGGGUGACAUCCUAAUUUCUCCAGGAUUGCUUUCCAGGGGUUGAGCAUAAAUGUGAAUUUACCACCAUUGGGAUAUUUUUGGAUAUAACAAAGGUGAAGUGUAAAUGUAAAUAAUUUCGAAACAUGGAACGGUUCGAGCUUGUAAACGGAUCCGGAGGAGCUAUUGAAAAUCAAUCCCUCACAUCAUCGCUAGAGGAGGAUCGUAGCUUCGAGGAAUACUGUGAUGAAUCCAGCAAUCGAGUGGUAGAUUUGAAGGAUUGGACAUCCUCGAAAAAAAAAUCUUCGGAAAACCACUCAGAUAAUCAGCGAAAAUCGGUUCCGGAAGCUUCGCCAGAAGCUGUCGUCACUGACAAGGCUCCACCGAUAGGUUCAUCGUCUCCUACUGGGGGUAAAAACAUUGCUUUUGUUCAACCAAACAAUCAUCGGCGAUCGGACGAACCAACGGAGCUGAGUUUUGAAAAAUUUCCGGAAAAUCACGAAGAAAAACUGAAACGCAUCAAAAUAGAAAAUGCUUUAGAUGAUGCCGGUACUACCCAAGAAGAGUGGCGCAAAUUUGCCAAAUCAGAAUACGGACUCAUCAAUGACGAUCUUCGAAGAAAGGUAUGGCCCCUGCUGGUCGGCGUGGACCCCAAUCAGGUCGACCCGGCACCAUCGCUGGAGGAACUGAACAGUCACCCGGAAUACAACCAGGUGGUACUGGACGUAAACAGAUCUCUGAAACGGUUUCCCCCUGGUAUCCCGUACGAGCAGCGUGUCGCUCUGCAAGAUCAACUUACUGUUUUGAUACUGCGUGUCAUUAUAAAGUACCCUCAUCUGAAGUACUACCAGGGAUAUCACGAUGUAGCGAUCACUUUCCUCCUGGUGGUGGGAGAAGAAGUUGCAUUCCACGUGAUGGAAAUUUUGUCCACUAAUCAUCUGGUUGAGUGCAUGCAGGAAACGAUGGAACCAACCCAGCGAAGAUUGAUGUUCAUAUAUCCUCUAGUGCGGAGAGAGAGUGCCAACCUUUGCAGUUACUUAGAGCGAUCUACCGUUGGAACACUUUUCGCCCUACCCUGGUACCUGACUUGGUUCGGACACAGUCUAAAUUCGUACCGUUCGGUGGUUCGACUGUACGAUUACUUUUUGGCAUCUGAUUUUCUCCUGCCCAUCUAUGUCACAUCAGCCAUCGUCCUGUACCGGCAAACGGAAAUUUUCCAGGAAGAUUGCGAUAUGGCGUCCUUGCAUUGUUUAUUGUCACAGCUGCCUGAAGAUCUACCAUUCGAAUAUUUAUUGAAAAAAGCCGAGGAGCUUUACCGAAAAUAUCCCCCUAAAAUGAUUGAAAAAGAUGUGACCAAUAUGAUUGCUAAAGAAAAACAACAACGCCUCAAAGAGGAGCGGGAACGGGAACGGCGAAAGACGUACGGUGUUGGGAAACCAGGCCCAGCAUCGUUCAUCAACCGCCUGUGGCCGUAUCUGCACAUUUCAAGGCGGUCCUUCUACUUCACGACGGCAUUUUCGAUACUGGUUGGCGUAUGUGCUUACUACUACCGUGACCAACUGAUGUCGCUCUCGGCGGUCAGAUGAGUCGAGUUGUUCCGGCGGAUUCCGUCGACUUUCACCGUCGUUACUGGUCCCUACCUUAUGGGAGCAACUUCUAUCGGGGCCUCGGUACGGGAGCAAUAGAGAUAGCGAGCCCGAUUGUAUUGAACCAAACAUUGCUGUCUGCUAAUUUUGAUAAUGAUUACAAAUUCCCCGUGCGAGAAAUCCGACGCUCGAACUCAUUAAAUUUUCUACGAUCAAAAUGUGAUUAUUCUCUAGUAAUGUAACAUAAAUUUCAUCAAGCCAAAAGUAGUUUUGCUCUGUUAUCCAGUCAUCUCGUUUCAUUUCAUGGUGUAAAUAAGUGUGCAUAUUUCCUAAGUUAUCAUGAGUUUUUAUUUUAAGUUUCAUCAGUAAAACUAGCAAGCAUCUUUAGAAUAAUUUUUGAAAUAGUCUAUAGGCAAGUGCACUGUUGAAUUUCAAACUGAAACAUGGUGGAUUUAUUGGAAAAACUUUAUUUAAUAUUGUUGGUAUUUUUGAAGCAUGCAAAUAAAUUAUACUAUAUUCUCAAAA